AUGCCGGCACGUUUAUAGUGUACAGAAGUGCCCCAGGACACCUGGGCAGGUUGGCAGGUCAAGCCCGCUCCAUUUAGCACCAUUUAGAUGAGCUCCAUUUAGAUUCCAAAACCAGACUAGGCUGUUCAUGGUUGUGCUCUAAGUUAAUUUCCUCUGCUUCCACAGGGUAAAUUAGCCCACAUACAGCCGCACAGCACUGCAGCUGUACUAACACAAAUCUAGCUUUAAUAUUCCUGGGUGGCACUGUAGUACCCAGUGUGGAGAUGAGCAGUAAAGCAAGGGAAUCGCAGCUCUAGCCAGGAGGCUUAGGUCCUAAUUCCAGCUCUAACCUGUUGAGAGACCUCAUACAAGGCUGCCCACUGCUUCCGUGAUGCUGGGGGAAUGUAAUGCGUGUUCUCUAGCACUGUACAAGCUCUUUGGGAACAAGGAUACAAAACUUGCAUCUGUGUGCAAAACAGCAGGAAGAAUGAACACAUCCUACUGAAAGCUGCUCUGUAGUACAUCAAGGUGGCCCUAGAGACCAAAAAUAUCCGUUUCUUUCACAGCCACACAGCAUGGUUGCUAAAUAUGGCUAUCUAGAAAACAAUAUACUUAAAGCAAAAAAACAGCCAGUAAACAUGGUGCAGCCUUCCCACAUGGGAAGUAAUAUUAAGACUGUGGUUAAAAGAUGUUCUCAGUGACUCCAAACUGGCAUCACUAGGCAGCAGAUGACUGUAAAUGACAAAGCAAGUUAGCUUCCCCUACACCAGAGAAUUCCUCAGUGAUAAAGAAGAUCUGGGAUAAUUUUUUUCUCCGUGCCCUAAACCACUUUGUACUUCAGAAUGGGCGGUUUUCCAGCCCUGCUGCUCUUGCUGGCACUACCAGGAUCAUGCAUGCCAGGAGAGGACACACACGUGUUCCUGCAAGUAAAGGGAGACUCCUUCAGAGCUAACUGUUCAUAUGAUGUGCACAAGCAUUUACAACCUGUAACAAUAUUUGCAAAAACAGGGAAAUCCCUGUUCCUUCAUUGCUCCUGUUCUGUGACACCCAACGUUGGGAAGCUUCAGCAUUUUAUGUGGUGCAAAAUGGUGUCCCGAGCUAGAUGUCAACCUAUUAUCAGAGCUAACGCUGAUCAAAGUAUCAUUAAAGUAGGAAGGACUGAAAUGAUGAAUGACUUCUCAAGGAAAAUGAUUAGAGUGUGGCUGAAAAAUCUCCAACUUAAUGACUCAGGCGAAUACCAUCUUGAGAGCCAUUUCCAGGGGAGAAACAAACUACUGAAGAGGAUCAUGCUGAAAGUUUUGGGGGAAAACUGGAAACUGGAUGCCAGCCCCACAGAUGCCAGCAAAAAGGACCAGAGGACUCUUUAUACUGUCAUGGUGCUGAGUUCCUUCCUGGCUACAACUGCCCUUAUUGCUACUGUUACACUCCUUGUCACCAGCUACAUCAGAAGGAAAAGGGCAGGAAAAGGGAUGGACUUUAGCAGACAUCCUGAUUUCAGAAAAGGAGUGCUGCAGAAGGAUGGAAGAAAAAAAGCAAGUAGAACUUCAGAUGGGGAUAAGAAUGACUGCACAACAUAUGCUGUCUUAAGGCACCAACCUCAACCAAAGCCUGAAGAUGUUACAUAUGUCAACGUACAGCCUUCACCAAAAGUUCUCUUCCACCUUGAAGAACCACCAGGGAACUCAGUUUUCUCAGGGCCUGUAGAAUAUGCUACUGUUUUCUUCAGAGCCACAGCUCCACGUUCUGGAAUUGAAAAAGAGAAAAACAGGUCCACCUAAACAAAGCAGCACAAAGCCUUGGGUUUAUUCAUAGAAUUUUGCUGAACUGGGCUUAGAAACAAUCCAUUUGUAACCAGUUGCUGAAGCUGGGUACACACGGGAUUGCCCAGAUGAAAGCUGCUGAAAGGAUGAGACACAUGGAUGCACAAACCUUCCCUGAAAAAAUAACCACACUUUUCCAAUAGUGCAGCAUCACAAUUCAGCUAUUAGUAAGUAAACGUAGUGGAAGGCUGUAGUAUAUUUGCUUUCUCUAAAUUACUCUAUUUUUAAACAAUGAACGACUCUAAACCCAAAUACAGGAAACAGAUUCUCUCUCAUGGCAACAGAUCCAGUGCCACAGCCAGCAAUGGGCUUUGAGAUACGGGAGCAUGACACUUCCUUCUAGAGUUUUAACUUCAACAACACACAUAAAUAGUUGCAUAUAAAAUGUUAAUAAUUGCCCAUGCUUAUUAGGUCCAAAUCAGCAAAGUGGUAAAGCAUCUGCUGAACUUUAGCAGGUAAAAUUGUUUCAUGUAUUUCAGAGAGUCAAGGAAACAUGUUUAGUUUUGUUGAAAAAUUUUUCUACGUUAUAUGUCUUCAGUUUGAACAUACAAGUGCAGAUUUUAGACUGUAUGUAUAACUUUGGAUUUCCUUCCCUUCCAUGCUUGUUUAUUAAUGCUACACUCAUGCUACAGUAUAAAUCUGUCUUGACUGUACUACAAAUUACACACAUUUUGAUCAAAUUACUGAAUCCUGCUAUCAUAGUGAUACGUACAAACAUCCACUAAGGAUUAUGGAUAAAUCCCAAAAUUCAGCUAAAAUUCUCAUCUUAAUCCUGUGAGUUGGGCCCAAGGCUGCUGAAUAAGACACAAAAAUGGCUUUAAUUUGUUGAUAUUAAGAUUGGAAGAAGCACCAGCUUAGGUACUGCGUGGCAUGGAAAAAAAGGAAUGUGGAAAGGCAGAGAUGUCCAUGAAUCAUAUCAUGUAAAUGUAAACUUCAUCUUGCCUGUGGGUUCUUGUCCAGUUCUGAGGACAGAGAGAUGGGGCGAGGAGAGGGGAGAGAAGAAGGAACUUCUGUUGCCUGGUCUGAUGUGGCUACAGGACAUCAGGCACUUUACAACUGUAUCUGAGAUUAUUUUGUCUCUCUAUUGCAAAUUAUCUAAAAAAUAAAACUAAACAUAAAAUAAUAGCUAACAAAAUCAUUUUUUCCCUUCCUAAACAGGCUUACAUGAUUGCAUUCUUCACUUCCUAUACUGACUUCCUGUUUUCUCUUGCUUACGGUUAUUUCUUCUUUUUUUUUCUUUCUUUCUCACAACUGCCUUCACUAACUGCCUAAAGACUUACUGACUGACACCCUUAUGUUUUGGGGCAUUUCUGAGACAGCAAAAGCAUUUGUGUGGGGACCAUACCAUUAAGGUCUGAAUUACACACACCAGGAAAUAAAAAUAAUUAAUAUAAUAAGCUUCAAUAUACAAAUUCUAUUCCUUAUUUAACCUCUUUGAUUCUUUGAAUGCAAUUAAACUUUUUAUGCAUAAAUUCUUCACCUAGGCAAUGACACACACAAUAAAGGCCCUGAAGGCCUCAGAUCUUAAAAAAAUAGAAGUUAAAUAACUAAGUCAUGAUAGCAAGGCUUAUUGAUACACACUUCUGGUCUACAAAGCUGUAGAUAACCUUAUAUCAUAUGGUGAAAUUGAGGGUGUUUCUAGGUAUAGUUUAUCUCUACAGAUUGCACCAGUCCUCUGUCACAAAACACAAAUACGUAACUGGCUGUUUUAAAACAAAGACACAAGAAAUAUUCUCAAAUCUUUCCAAAUUUGUAACAUCUUACAGGUAUUUUCCCUCUGUGUAAAUGAAGCAGACUUGCUAGUAAUUUGACCUGCCUACAACAAAGGCAGCAUUGUUGGAACAACUAAUUUGCGUUGGCACAUUUGGUAGUUAUGUUAGUUAGCAUCAGCAGCACACUUAUCCACUUCUGCUAUAGUCAGCUGUUGAAUUCAGGAGCACUCUAAGUUGUGUACAAGCAGCCUCUGGACAUCUGGGACAUUACAAACCUGAACGUGUCUUCAAAUAAGCCUGACAGAAACAUCUACUCAGUGACCCUGCUCUGUAUUAGCUGCUGAAUAGUGAUGUAAAGUUGCACAUGGCUAAUGUCUCACAUAUCCUCCCAGCUUAUCUUUAAUUUGACAGUAGCAGGAAAUAAAUUUGCAACAUUCUAGGAACUGGGCAUAUGAGAUAGGGCACAGUGGACAGGAUGGAAGAGGACAGGAGUUUUUUUUCUAAGACUGAGGCUAUCUGUCAAUACUUUCCACUCCAGUGCCUCCAGACAUCUCCUCUGUCCUUUUCCAGGAAGUCUAGUUAAAACUCAUCCCAAAUCUAAACAUUCUCUGCAGCCUAUCCUGAAAUAUUUGUUUCUUCUUUGUCCACUUUGUCCACUAAGAGGACUGUUUUCAUCUCGAAUAGGUAGUAAAAGUAUAUCCGUAUGACUAAUGGCUAGGCAGCUUCAUCUGCUCACUACAAAGGGCUCUUGCCCUAAGUGAACUAUAAGAACAGAGCAAUCAUAUAAUCAAUUAUACUCUAGAGAUUCUGCUACAGUCAUCAUAGUACGAUGCCAUCUAAGUGCCUUCCAGCAACAGUUUUGCAAAUUGGGUAAAAUUUGCCAUAUGCAUGAGAAACCACAGAGAUUUGAGCAAAAGACAUGAAAAGCAUAAUGUUUUAUUAGCUACUACAUAAACCAUCCAGUUCUGCUCCAUGUCCUGAAAGACCCAC